CGACGACAUAUCAACAUCUUCUUCAUAUUUUCGUAUUGAUAAUUCUGUAGGCAGAAUUGCCAAUAUUCUUCGCUGAUUCCACACUCAAGAUGGCGCCGAUCUCUUACAAUACGCCUUACCCAGGCAUACCGUACUUCACGCCUCAACACACCAAUUCGCCGGGAACACCUUUCGACAAGAAUGCUCCAAUGCCAACGCUAUUCAAGCCUCUCACGAUUCGUGGCGUGACACUUCGAAACCGCAUCGUGGUGGCGCCAAUGUGCCAGUACUCCACCGCAGAAACAGGGCCGCAAAUUGGUGCUUUGACUCCAUACCACGUUGCCACGCUUGGUCACUACGCCUUAAAGGGCGCCUCCCUGGUCUUCAUCGAAGCUUCCGGGGUCCAGCCAAAUGGUCGCAUCUCACCCAAUUGCCCUGGCGUCUGGUCGGACAGCCAGAUUGACGGGAUCAAAAUGGUGGCCGACUUCAUACACAGCCAAGGUGCUCUCUGCGGUAUGCAGCUAGCGCAUGCAGGCCGAAAGGCUAGCACCAUGCCUCCUUUCAUCGCUGCUGGUAAAAAGGCUGCGAGCAUACGAGCAACGAAAGAAGCCGGCGGCUGGCCUGACAAUGUGGUUUCGGCUUCCGGAGGCGAAGAGUUCACGUGGGAUGGCAUCAGAAGUGACGAUCCUAGAGGCGGGUAUUACGCACCACGAGAGCUGAGCAUCCCGGAAAUUGAGCAGCUUGUUCAGGACUGGGCUUCUGCAGCACAGCGUAGCGUUCGAGCUGGGUGUGAUGUCCUCGAAAUUCAUGGUGCACAUGGGUACCUGAUUCACCAAUUCUUGAGCCCGAUAACAAACAGACGCACGGACAAAUACGGCGGCUCAUUUGAGAAUCGAACACGACUCGUGAUUGAGAUCAUCCAAGCUAUUCGCAAAGUCAUCCCUGCAAGCGUGCCAUUAUUCCUCCGAUUGAGCUCAACCGAGUGGAUGGAGGAGACAGAGAUUGGGAAACGAUACGGCACCUGGGACGUGGAGAGUACCAUCAAGCUCACAAACAUCGUUGCAGACCUUGGCGUCGACCUCAUCGACGUCUCCAGUGCGGGCAACCAUCCUCAACAGAGAAUCACUACGUUCAACGCGAAAGAUUACCAAAUCAAGAUUGCAGCUCAAAUUCGAAAAGAGGCCAAGGCCGCCAACAAGAAAAUCUUGAUAGGAGCCGUAGGUCUCAUCACAGAAGCUGAGCAAGCCAGAGACAUCGUGGAAGACAGUGAUAGCAUCAAGAAAGAGGCAGAGGUUGCAAAGGCCAUGACUGACGCGACUGGCAACAAGGAACCUAUGGCUGACCUGAUCUUGGUUGCACGACAGUUCAUGCGAGAGCCCGAGUGGGUGCUCAAGGUCGCAUGGCGACUCGGUCUAGAUAUCGCCUGGCCGACACAAUUCUUGCGCGUGCGAUUUCCAAAGUUAUAG